GUGUGAUUUGAACAUAUGGCAACAGCGGCAAGUCAUUGGUUUGCUAAUGAUCUGUGUAGUUCUUAGAUCUUGUGUUCGUGAUUUGUAAAAAUACUUUUUAACCUAAAGGUCGUGGGCGUACUCUUCCGUAUACUUAUUUUGCCCAAAAUAUAUAUUUGUGAGUUGUACGUAGUUUCAGGUGUAAAAAGGUGAUAAAGGAUAUACCUGCCCCACUAUGCGACCAGGUGAACAUCGAAUCUAUAGGAGGCAAAGACGCAAAAAGCUUUGGAAACAGCCAUGGGCACCGAUGAUGGGAAUUUUUUUUUUGGUUGGUCAUAGAAGCAACUUUUGCCUUGAACACCUUAACUCCAUGAAAGCAAUGCUAGAUACCCUAUUAUCAGGAACACAUACCAAUAAGUAUAAUGUGGAAAAUGCUAUCGCUGAAGGGUUCCAACUGAGUAACCAGAGAAUAAAGAUAAAUCAGGAAGCUUGGUUAAGUUAUAUAAAUAACGAUACUGUUUUCCAUAUUUAUAGAUAUAUUGAAAUAUAUAAUUAUGUAUUCAGAAAUUUUUUAAUUGACUAGUGCCAAAACAUGAAUUUUCUAAAUUCCAC